GUGCAAAAGAUGAUGAUAUCCAUACAUAUCUGUCCUUUGUAGCCAGUUCACUUACUGCUACGGACAUGAGGGUCCUGGUGCAAAAGAACCAUGUGGCGAGUCCACUUUCAGCGAGGGCGCGCAGUGCUCCUCCACCAUCAAGGCUUGGACCGUGCACCAGUAGCUCCGCUGAGGCUGAGCGUCUCAAGCUCUCACUUGUGCAUCAAUGGCGCAUAUAAAUGUGGGUGCCGAGCAACGAGCUCGAUCAGACUUAUCAGUCUGUGACUGUGUGAGCAGAGCAAGCAGCUACAGAGGCCUAGUAGAGGGCGACUACGACUAGCCAUGGAGAAGAGAAGCAGCAGUGGUCGUGCCAGCCUCGUCGUCCUCGCCGGCCUCCUGCUGGCCGCCUCCCUGUCGUCGUGGCAGUGCCACGGCGCGCGCGACGUCCCCGCGGAGCCGGAGAAGAAGCCCCUCCGGCCCCAGAACGUGUUCGGGUUCGGCGGCUUCUACCCGGGCCCCUCCGUCAGCUGGGUGUUCCCGGGCCCCAACGGCGUCACCCCGCAGGUCGGCUUCGGCGGGAUGCCGGGCUCUAGCGCCUUCCCGGGCGUCGGAGGCAGCGGUGGCGGCGUCUCGCCGUUCACGCCCGGCGGCGGCGGCGUGGUUGGCAUCCACGGUGCUGGUGGUGGUGCUGAUGCCGCGGCGAAGAAGCCGUGACAGCAGGUGGCCCCGACGGAGUGUGAGGCCGUGUUGUGUAGGUGGUUGAGCGAGGGCCGUGUGUGAGGCGGUGAUGGGGAGCUUGGUAUGCUUUGUGAGGCAUAAGCGAGUCUGUGUGGCUUGUUCUUGCUGCGCCUGGCUGUCGACUUCACUCUCCUACGUGUUGUGUCCUGGUUGUCACUUGUCAGCGCUUUGUGUCUUUGUACUUUGUAGUAGUGUAUUUGUGUGCGAAGGACUUCUUUCUCAUCAUCAUGUGGUGUCUACUAGUAUACAUCUGGAUCUUGUGUGGUUCUCCAUCUCCCUUCUCUUUUCGCCGUGUGUUAUUCAGUUCUUUUGUAUUGUAUGCAUGUACCUAUGGUCGAUGUUA